AAGCAGCAUUGUCGACAUGAGUAUCGAGCGAGCGCCACUAGUAGAUCUAUCGGAGUCCGUGUUUGAAUCGCAGCUAAAGCUGGAUCUGUCGACAGAGACACAGGCAAGACCAGAACCAGCACUAUCGCUGAACUGAUUGAUUGGAUACGGAUUCUGCAGUUUACCGCAAGCGACACAACUUCUCCCUGAUCAUUUUUGUUUUGACCUCGUGUACGAACGACGCACGGUGGCGGUGGUGGUUGGAUUCAGCAAAAAGUUCUACCAAAAUGCUGGUCUCAUUUCGCUGUGCGAAGCAUUGCUUCGUUGUAUUAAAAUUGCUCCUUUAACGUGCUUAAUCGAUCUAUAGACGCUCCGUGAAGACCCCAACUACUGACAAUAUUGUUCCGAGAACCAAAUGAGAAAAUAUUAUUAGUGUAGCCUCAGCAAGUGUCCGUUUUGUCGAUAUGCGCGUUUAUCCAGAGAAUGUGCGCAUAAUUAUAUCACACGCUGGUGUUUUUUCGUUUCAGUCGUGAGUAAUUUGACAUACCCAGUUGGAUCAAUAAAUAAGUGUCUUCUAAUUCAAGCAAAUCUUAUUAAAACUUUAACAGACAUCAACGAUAAUAAAUACGUGGAUAUUUACAUUGAGUGAAUAUUUAGUAGUUUGAGAAACUAGCUGAAACGUCAUUAAAAUCACGCUCUUACUAACUGGCCGAGCGCACAACGACAACGUCAACAAAACAACAGCAAAAAGGAAAAACAAUAACAACCAUAAAAUAAACAACAAAACUGUGCAGAAGUGGACUUAUCAAAUUAACAAAUACAGAGUUGAACAUAAAAUACAAAGCUAAAAAGUUAAACACACAUGAACAGUGAACGAGAUUACGUUGUUGGCAUUGUAUAGGAAAAUCACCAUACAUCAGACAUCGCACACCAAUUUGACUAGCGACUCUGCGUGUAGUGUCGAAUUAUUAACAAAACAAAAAGCCAUUUCAGAAAGUAAUCGAGUGUUGCGCGAGUCGGAAAUAUUUUUCACACCACAUGUUCGGAGAGCAUAGUUUGUUUAUUAUUCUCCACAAGUGAUCCUAUUAUCUGUACUAUCAGCCUAAAAAUUACUAAAAAGUAGUAGAAAACGCGGCGCUAACUGAAAAACCAAAAAAAAAAAAUUAUAAUAUUCAUAAAUUUUAAAUAAGUAAAUCUGAAUAUACGGUGUAAUAUUGUCGGGCAUCGCACGAAAUCAGUCAAAGCGCCAUGAUGAAUUCAAGCAUUUGACUAGACGCGAUAAGCGCAACAACAAAUCCUGUAGAAAGCUGAAGUGCUGCUGCCUGAUUAAACUGAUAAAUAACUGCUGAUGAGCACAGUGAGAAAACAUUACGAAAAAUAAUAAUUAAUAAUAAACUAUAAAAAAGAGUUGUUAAUUUUUCGUUUGCGACAAAACUUUGCCUUUCAAUAAAUGGAGAACCCUAAUCACAAAGAACUCCGAUUCCAUUCCAAUGAGCACGAAGUGAGUUACAUGUAUUUGAUAAACAAAAUGCUGCUGAAAAUCGAAAAUACCCUACUACGAAGCCAUCGUCAACGUGAGACCACUGGAAUUAAGGAGCUGUACAACUCCUUCUUCGUGUUAUUUUAAACAUUUUAGCUGUAAAACCUGCAAACUGUUUCACUAAGACAGCCUUCAGUGUCAAAGUAAAAUAAUUAGUCAACAUAGCAUCUUCGUUACUAGUUUGUGUUACAAAGUUAUAUGUUGUUAAGGAGUUAAAUAUAAUAAUAGAAAAGAUAAAAGUUAAAAUAACAAUAAGUGAAAGAAGCAUCUGGUUGUUAGUAAAAUCAAAGUGUAAAGAGCAGCCCCGAAUGUGAAACAUAAAUGUUGCAAAGCUCUUGUACCUCAAACCCUUAAAAAAAUUCAAAAAUAUGUGUAAAUAGAAGACACACUCUGAAAACCACUACCUUUCUGCUACGAUCAACUUCAUUAGGCGUAGUUAAAGACGACUGCCUUCGUUGUCUUCCAAAAUUCAGUACUCGCGUCGGAAAGAAAUAAAAAAACGUAUGUGAUUGAAAACAUUUGUUCCGGGAAUCUACUAUUCAAUUCCGUUAGUUGGAUUAAAAAACGCAGUGUUUGGUUGUGUGUAUUAAGGUCCUUGGUAUAUUUAUAAAACCGAAUGGCGCUUUCGCUGCUUUCGCAACAUCAGCAGCAGCCAAAUUACUUCGAUUUGCAAACAU